AUGAGAGUGUAUUUUAUGUGUCUCUUAGUGAGUUGCUGGCAAAUUGCAUAUUGCGUGGAUGGUACGCAACGCAUCGGACCGGGGAAGUUCAGAUUCGACGACGAAAUAGCGUACAUAGCAGAUGAAGAUACCUUGAAAACAAUAAACAGUGGGCAGAUAGCGGAAGUGGGCAUGAAGAAGCUGGCACGAAUAUCGGAGACGCACAAAAUUUCACCUGACAUUGAAGCCAAUAAACACGCAGUUAUUGAUGGAAAUGACAUGCACGAUCCAACUUCGGUAAAGGUUGAGCCUGUAGCAAUAGGGGAACCUACGCAAUCCGUUGGAUAUACAGUAGAAUCGUAUCCUAAUCCUUUCACCGACCCACAUUUAUGCGUGCACACGGCAAAAGGAACUAGCACCUUUCUCUGCGAUCCCGAUGGAAUUUUGAGCGAUUGUCAACAAGUGGAAGCCAAUGAAAUUCUAAGCAAUGCAAACAGCGGGACUGUUAGUUUAGAGGAAAUAAAAACAAUUGGUUGCAGGUUUUAG